AUGUCUGCUCAAAGGCUUGCGGCGGCACGCACGGUUGGCGCACAACUGGCCUUGCGAAACUCUCUAAAAUCUAAAGACGCGGUUCGCAUUGACCAGGCGUGUGAUGCGGCUGAACAUACCAGUGUAGCAACUCAUGAGAUCAGAGAGGGUCGUGCGAUGGCAGCCAGACUGCGAGCAGAGGGAGAACUCUAUGCGGCGAUAUCCGCCCCGAGCAUCGAGCAGCUUCGCAAGGCUCGUGCGUCGGGCGCGCGGGCUGGCAUUGAUGCAGCUCUGAUCCGGGAAGCCGAGCGAAAGACCAACCAGCUAUGCCAGAAUGCGAUCCUGAAAGCCACCGGGACUGGAUGCGUGCAAGCAGUCCGGGCAGCUUGUUCCGAAGCAGAGCAUGCUGGUGCCGCACCCAGCUUGGUCCAUGAAGCCAUGCACACCAUUGCAAGAUUACAGCGGGAAGAGGCUGAGACUCAGCUUGCAGAAGCAAUGGUUUCAGGCUGCGCCGGGCAAAUCAGAGUAGCUUCCGCCGCAGCCAAGGAUCAGGGCGUUUCAGCCGAACAGGUGCGGCAAGCAGAGGAGACGGCCACCCGCAUUGAAGCAGAAGUCGAGCUGGCGGCGGUUCUGUUGAACGCAGUUGAGCGAAGCGCAGCGAGACUUUGCAGCGCUGCAGAUGUGAUCGAGGCGGUUGGUGCUAUUGACCUGCAUGCCUUACAGAACUGUUUCCAGGAAUUGCAGACGGCGCUUUCCCGAGCGGUUCGCUUGCAGAAGUCAUGUUCGAGAGGUUCCUUAUUGGACAGCAGAAUCCUAGAAGCCCGGUCAGCCAUACAGAGCAUUCAGGAAGCAGUAUUAUUUGCCGAACUUCGGCAUGCUACUGAACACGGAGAUUCUUCCAGCCUCAAAGAAGCGCUCGAAUCAGCACGCAAUGCAAACCUGCCCUACAGACAGAUUUAUCUAGCAGAGCAGAUGCUGAAGAGACGCCUGGCCGAGGAAGAACUGGUUAGUUCCAUUACCGCAGCAAAAGCCGAACUCGCUUCAAGAUUUCCUUCACAGCCAAAUGGAUCCAAGCCUGCGGAUACUAAUGACAUGGUUGUGAGAAGGCUUAGCAGAGCACUUUCCUCAGCAGAACAUUUGGAUGUGGCAUGUGCAUGGAGCAUCACUGAAGGAUUGGAAACACUCGCAGAGCUGACACGGCACGAGCUCCAGAAAGCCGUAUUGGUUCAAGAUGGGCAUAUGAUUAAGCAAAUAUGUGAGUUUGCUGAAAAUUUUGGUCUUGAACGUCUUGAUCUUCUGGUGGAUGUGCCUCAGGCCAGUGUGACUGCAGAACGGCUGCUGGCAGAGGAAGAUCUAUCAUAUGCGUUGGCAAAUGAAGAUUUUCUGUGCAUUCAAGCGGCAUGCGACCGAGCUCGAAAGAGUGGAGUGAGUGAAGAACGUGUCAAAACAGCAGAAGAAACCUCUUUGAAAGCACACCGAAAGUGUCUAUCCGAGGGUUUGACACACCUUGUUCAGAGAGACAGCUUGGAAGGACUACACCUUGCCAUACAAGAGGCUUGCACACGCUGUGGCUGCACCCGAGAAUACGAUGAUUUCCAUGACCGAAUAUGUUACUGCGAUUCCAAGGGUUGCAAACCUGCUUGCAGCUCCUCCGAGCAACAGUCGUCUCAUCCGACACCAGUUGCUACAUCAACGGCUAGGUCAGAGGCCUCGGAUGAAUCAUUUGGCACGGAUGUGACCUGGGAUACAGAUACUGUCCCAGACUGGGAGGAGGACGCCGAUGGUAAUUUGGUGGCGUACCCUCUCACAACAAUGUACAUUCAAUCACGUCGCACAGGUAGGAUCAUUCGCAGUUGGCAAGUAUGA